AUGCCACUCUGGCAAUCACAACAUGGAGGAAAUCAAACAAGGAUUACAGAAUUUGUUCUGCUGGGGUUUGGGAAUGCCUGGGAGGCCCAGAUUCCACUCCUGUUGCUGCUUUUUGUGAUUUACAUUGUGACCAUCAGUGGGAACCUCCUAAUCAUUGUGCUUGUUGUAUCAGAUGAGCAUCUUCACACCCCGAUGUACUACUUCUUGGCCAACCUGUCUUUCUUGGAGACCUUCUACAGCUCAGCCAUCCUUCCCAGGGUGCUGUAUAGUCUCUGCACAGGGGACAGGUCUAUUUCUUUCAUAGGUUGUGUUACCCAGUUCUAUUUCUUUGGCAUCCUUGUCACAACAGAGUGUUUUCUGCUCGCUGCCAUGUCCGUCGAUCGCUAUUUAGCCAUAUGCAAGCCACUGCAUUAUGUUGCUGUCAUGAAUGACAAACUAUGUGCUCAGCUAGCUGUCGGUUCCUGGAUGAGUGGCUGGCUAGCUAUCACCAUCACUACCACUUUCAUGUCCCAGCUAGUGUUUUGUGGUCCCAACGAGAUGGACCACUUCUUUUGUGAUUUUGCCCCAAUGGUCAGUAUGUCCUGUAGCAACACCAGAACAAUAGAGGUCUUAAGUUUCAUAUUGUCAUCUGUGUGUGCUUUUCCACCUUUCUUGUUAACUUUGGCAACCUACAUUUGCAUCAUCACCUCUAUCCUGGGAAUCCCAUCUACCGCAGGGAGGCAGAAGGCUUUCUCUACCUGCUCCUCUCACCUCCUAGUGGUGACCAUUUUUUACGGGACUCUUAUCAUUGUCUAUGUCUUGCCAAACUCUAGCACCCUGAGAGACCUGAACAAAGUGUUUUCUCUCCUGUAUACCAUAUUGACUCCUCUUGCUAACCCCCUUAUAUACAGCCUAAGAAACAAAGAAGUUAAGGAAGCAUUGAAGAAAGGUGCCAUAAAACUUUACAAGAACGCAAGAAUAUAA